GAAAAGUCAAGGCGUGUUUAUCAGCGCGGGGCUGGAACCUGAUUGGUCGGCUGUGGAAACAAGGAAGCACAAAAAAAACCAACAAAAAAAAAACGUGUUGCGCCACUUCACUGCGCGUCAACCGUCAGGAAACGCGGACGACUGACGGAACACAAGUUUCACUUUCAACAGUUAGGAUCGUUCGCGCUCUCUGGUGCGAUCAACUCUCGAGACAAUAAUAAACAAUAAGUAAUAAGUAAUAAGUCACACGACGAACGACGCUGCGAACAGGAAGGAGCCAUGGAUCACACUCGACCGCAGGACGCGCAUCAGAGCCAGGCCUCCUCGACGUGGCACUGGGACUUCUGCAGUGAUGAGCCUGUUGACAAGAAGCCCUCUGACACCUUUGUGUCUCCCGCUCAGGGCGAGAAGAGGCCUAUCAGAAGAGUACGAAGUCCGUCCAGGCCGAGGGCGUGGUUGUCCAAUUCGUACAAACCAAAGUUUGGAGGGCGAUUCCACAGACCGAGUUUCCCAAGGAAUGACCAUUCGUCACACGAACCUGGCUUUGGCAACCGGAAGAACGACCGCUUCAGCCCCCGGCGGGCUCACUGGGACCUGAGAGACCACUUCCAGCCUAAACUUCACCACAACGCGCUGAGGGACAAGGAGACGGGGCGGCACGAGCGGAGGGGGAGCGCUGGCGGAUGUUCACCCGCAAAGCAAAACAGCACUUCGAGACCGUUCGUACCCAGGUCCACCUCCAGCAGAGACAAGGACACGCAGUUUGCUGUUUGUCAGAACGACAGGAAGCAAAGCGGCAGCAGGGAGAGAGAUCACAGGGGGACCAAGAGCAAAGAAAGGGAAGGAAGCAGAGACAGGGUGCUGCCUUUAACUGCGAGCCAGACGACGACACGAGACCGAGCCAUCCAACAGAAGAGGAGAGAGAUAGAUGAGGUGUACUAUCAGGAGUGUGAAAUGUUUGGCCUCGUGACAAAGAUGCUCAUAGAAAAAGACCCGUCCCUGGAACACCUCAUCCAGUCGUCGCUGCAGGAGAACCUCCGAGACAUCGGCAAGCGCUGUGUGGAGGCGAUGGAGAAAUUCAUCAAGGACUAUGACUCCAGAGAGUUGUCGCACUAAUCUCUCUCACACACACACACACACACACACACACACACACACACACACACACACACACACACACACACACACACACACACACACACACACACACACACACACACACACACACACACACACACACACACACACACACACACACACACACACACACACACACACACACACACACACACACACACACACCUGCCUGUUGUCUUUACACAGACCCUCAAGGUCAAAAUGUGAUUUUUGUUACAUGUGAUUCAAUGCUGCUUUUCCCCAUGUAUUCAUUUUUUACAUUGUUAUCUGCUGCCACUCUUGGCUCUGCAUCAUGCGGAGCACCGGGCGACACUGGCGAAGGAUGAGAAAGGAAACUUUGAUUGUGAUUUGAACAUUUCAUGCUGAUUCUAAUUUUGAAAAAUAUUAUGACAAAUGCACUGGCUGUAUUGAUUCUGAAUGUCCAUAGUCAAUAUUCUGACGUUCCAAGCGACACGCUUAAUUUAUUAUUGCUUUCUUUUUAAUACUUAAAGUUCGCGCACGACAUAUUAAACAUCAUGUGCCGGAAAAAUA